UUUGAAGUUGAACCAGUCUUCAUUCUCUCUCUCCCUGUCAAGUAUAAACAAAUUUUAGGACGACCAAAAAAACAAACUCAUAAUCUACCAUUUCAUAAUAUUCCGGCAAACAAAAAUGAAAUGUUUUCAUUUCAGUUUAAUAGGCCAUGACAAAAAACACCACCACCACAACAUUAACCAUGAAAACAGCAACAUGUUGUCACGUUCAUCAACAAAAGCAUCAUCAUGGGCCCGUUCUUUUUCAACAAGUUUUGACAAAAGUCGCAGGUCCGAUCUUAUUAACGAUGAUCAUGAUAGUAAUACUACUUCCAAAGAAUUUGGUGAUUCUCAUUUUAAUAAUGGUUUUUCUGAAAUAAUGAUGUGUCGUGGAAAUGAGUUGAGAGUAUUUACGUUUAGUGAGUUGAAAAAUGCGACAAAAGGUUUUAGUAGGUCGCUUGUGAUUGGUGAAGGUGGUUUUGGUUGUGUUUAUAGAGGUCUUCUUGAUGAUGGCUCUUUGGAUGUUGCUGUUAAACAGUUGAGUCGUAAUGGAUUCCAGGGGCAUAAGGAGUGGAUUAAUGAAGUCAACUUUUUAGGGGUAGUCAACCAUCCAAAUCUUGUAAAGCUAGUGGGAUAUUGUGCAGAAGAUGAUGAAAGAGGGAUCCAACGGCUAUUAGUGUACGAGCUUAUGCGAAAUAAAAGUUUGGAAGAUCAUCUAUUGGGUCGCGUUGACUCUACUCUUUCGUGGAUCACACGUUUACAAAUUGCUCAAGGUGCAGCUCGUGGUUUGGCUUAUUUACACGAAGAAAUGGAUUUUCAGCUAAUCUUUCGUGAUUUUAAAACUUCGAAUAUUCUUCUGGAUGAAGACUUUAACCCAAAGCUCUCAGAUUUUGGACUAGCUAGACAGGGUCCGGCAGCUGGACUUGGCCAUGUUUCUACAGCUGUGGUUGGGACGAUAGGUUAUGCAGCUCCAGAGUAUCUUCACACUGGUAGACUAACUUCAAAAAGUGAUGUAUGGAGUUUCGGGGUGGUCCUCUAUGAGCUUAUGACAGGAAGGCGAGCAGUGGAACGAAAUUUGCCAAGACAUGAACAAAAACUCUUAGAAUGGGUGAAACCUUACAUUUCAGAUUCAAAAAAAUUCCAUCUUUUAAUGGACCCACGUCUCGAAGGAGACUACUCCCUCGAAUCAGCCCAAAGACUCUCUUCUUUAGCCAGCAAAUGUCUUACAAAGAACCCAAAAUCCCGACCCAAAAUGAGUGAAGUGGUCGAGAUGCUUGGGCAUAUCAUCGAGGAUUUGUCUCCAACAAAGGGUGAAACCAAAAUAGAGACUGAAACUGAACCUGAAUCCCAGUUUGUUACAGAAGAAAACGAAGAACCUAAACAGGAAAUUAUUCCAAGAAAACAAGAGGCAAAUAGCAUAAAUUACAUGAAGAAAGUUUUCGAUUUUAAAGAGUUGAGAAAUAGAUCAAUUGGGAGACUAGAUUGGAGGCAUUGGCCAGCAGGAAUGGUUAAACAUACCGCAUGAUGCUGAAGCGCGUUCUAUGUUCAACGUUGAAUCUACUGAAGAUUUUGUACAUAUGAAGGUAACUUGCUAAACACAAAAUCUUGGAGUGCUUUCAAGUCAAAAUGAAAAAAUUCACAACAUUUGAUUUGCCAACCAGAGUGCUUGUUUUGCUAUUUUAGCCUUUUAGGUGAGUAUAUGCGUUUUGAAAUAGUUUGGGUUAUGAUGUAUAGAGAAACUUGUGCUAGUGAAUUAGAAUUCAUAUAUUAAGUUAUUGUUUAACUAUUAUGUUAUAGUUGGCAUCAGGCAACUAGAAUAUUCUAUGUGUUUAAGGCGGCCUAGUGGUUAGACGUCUUGUUCCUCAUAUGAGGUCUCAUGUUGGAAACCUCCCUGACUGGUUUAAGGUGGACAUGGUUUGGAAACCUCUAUGUGUUUAAGGCGGACAUGGUUUGGAAACGGUACAAAGUCAAAAAGAAUUUUCAUUCCUAGAUAACCUGAACGGGGAAACCUUCAUCCGUGUACCUUUUUUUGUGGUUUUCUCCUCUAACUCAAAAGUGUGCCGAUAUUUUAAUGUUGAUCUGUUUGUAUAAUUUUGUAAUAUAUAAUAUGUACAUAUUAGUUAGGCA